AUAAUGUUUAUUUAAAAUUGAAAAUAUUUUAUAUCUUGUGAUCGUUUAGUAAUUUAUCAUUAUAGUCCUAUGUAUAAUUGGUUUUAAUUUGCGUAAAAAAUCGUAUUAAUGAGAAACGUCUAUAGUUAAUGUAAAUAAGACUCAAUAUUUUUCGGUGUUGUAUAAGUUAGCCUAUUACAGUUAAAAAUGUACAAGUUUUUCAGCAAUAUUCUUUACUACAUUGAGAAAUAUUGUGUGGAUUACAUUGAUGUGGACUACUCACUGUGGGUUUCCUGGCUACUUUUACCUCUGAUUGUAUCAUUUAUGCUUCCAUUGUUUAUUGUUUUACUUUUAUACAUGAAUGCAGUGAUACUGUACAUUUACAAACUCCAUAGGUACAGAUUAAGAGAUGCCUUUGAGACAGAUAUUUAUGACGGUGCAAGAAAACUUAUAGCUGCAAUUUGGGACGCACAUGGAUAUAUUUGGCAUGGUUAUGAGGUGAAAGGUCUUGAGAACAUUCCCGAGAGUACACCAGCAUUGUUCAUUUACUACCACGGUGCCAUUCCUAUAGACUUGUAUUAUUUUUUAUCAAGAGUAUAUCUACUUAAAAAUCGUCUAAUCCAUUCUGUCGGUGACAGAUUCCUGUUCAAAAUACCAGGUUGGGCCAUCAUUGCGGAAGCUCUCAAAGUGAUUCCAGGAACGAUACAGUCGUGUUCGGCCAUCCUCAAGGAGAACAAUCUCCUGGCCAUCUCUCCGGGCGGAGUGUACGAAGCUCAGUUCUCUGACUCGUACUACAGGCUCAUGUGGAAGAAGAGGCUAGGUUUUGCUCGGGUGGCACUUGACGCCCAAGUCCCAAUAAUCCCCAUAUUCACCCAGAAUGUGCGGGAGUCAUUCAGAUCAGUCGGGUUCUUUCGCAGAGUUUGGCUCAAGCUGUACCAGUGGACCAAGUUUCCUCUGGUGCCCAUUUACGGCGGAUUCCCUGUGAAGCUGAGGACUCACGUCGGAACUCCAAUCCCUUACGAUGGCUCACUGUCACCCGAGGACUUGGCAGCUAUUGUAGGAAGUGCUCUUGAGGAGCUUAUCGCCAACAACCAGAGAAUCCCAGGAAGUAUCCUGCGUGCAUUGAUGGAGAGGUUUUACGAACCAAAAAGCAGCGUGAAGAACAAAUGAUGCAAGGUUGUAUGAGUGUUGUAGAACACUUUGGACUAUAGAACACUUCAGGGUAGUUAGUUGUAUACCAAGCCAUGGUGAGGCAGGGAAGGCUACAUACAAUCAAAAUACGGUGUUCACUUAGUGUAUUAACGUUACAUUAAACUUACGACUUGAAAUCAUAACUCAAUGCUAUUGAGAAAAUCAGUACAAGUAUUUGAUUAAUUUUUAUUAGAUAUAUUUACGUUGUUGGCACAAACAUGAUUCUCGUGAGAUAUGUUUUUUGGAUUUUUAAAUCUUUGGUUUAUGAUUUUGAGAUUUUAAUUUGACCUAAAACACUCAGCUGUGUUGCUAGUUGAACUUUGCUUUAUGUUUGGUUGUGAUUUAGUUUGGUUUUCUUACGGAUCUCGAUAAGUGCUCCCAUGGAUUUUAUUUAAUUUCAUGAUGAAUGAUUUUAUUUAAAUAUUACUUAAGUUAAGGACUUCAGCGUUCCAUACGUUCAUAGCGUACGUUUCAUAGCGUUCUCUCUAUUAAAUGUUUAAGUAAAACUGAAUUUAGGUACUGUUUUAUUAUUUGAUGUGCUAUAGCACAAUUUUACUGUGUAGGGAAGGAAUCUAAAGGAUUGUUAUGGAUGGAUGGGGAUGGUUCCAGCAGAUACCUCAUAUUCUUUUUUUCUUAGUUGCUUUCCAAAAGUGACUAAAAAUCAGAUAACCUCAUAUACUGGUAUUUCGUGAGUAUUUAAAUAAUAGGCUGUGUUUUAAUUAUCUUCCCAUAUUAGUUAAAGCCAUUCGUAAAAUAUCUAAAACAAAUAGGUUUGUUAUUUACAUGUAAGUCAUGUUAUAUUUCAUGAACACCUAAUUACUUCUGUUAAUUAGUUAAGGAUAACAAUGCUAAUACCUGGACAGUCAGACUAGUACUGUAUAAUAAACUAAAACUAGUCAUGAUUCAAGAAAACCGGAAACCUAAAAAUUCCUUACCAAAAUAAAACUUAAAAAUGUAAGAGUAUUUCUAAAAUAUUGAAACACUGCAAUAUUUGAGCUACAAACUAUGGAUAUUGUCAACCUUUUUAUAAGGACAUAUUUCGUUCCCAUCGUAUGAAUGACCAAAUUGUAGUCUCAAAAUAACGUGUUGGAGGGUUUGUUAUUUCUGUAGCAGGCGUUAUUUCAUCAGGUGCCACCCCCAUUUUCUCUCAUACCCCUACAUAAUCUUCCUAUAAGGUACUUAAAACGGUUAAAAAAUAAAGAGUUCACAUAAAUGGUAUGUGGUAAAUCACAGACGGUAACAGGCUCUACUCAUAGAAGUGGAGAUAGAGUUGACAAAUUUGUGUUUUUGGGUCUUCCUUUAAUUUCCUUUCUUAUUUUUGCCUCUGACUUCUGAACAAAUUUUUUACAUUGCAAAUAAAAAUUUAAUUUAUGUAAUACAGCAAUGGCAGGUGGUUGAUAAUAAUGGGUAUGGCCAAAUGAAUACACUUUUAUUACUCGAAAAUGUGUGCCAAGUUUGGCUAACCAACAUUUUUGGUUGGAAAGGUGCCCUAAACAAUUUCUAUCAAUCCAAAUAAAUAAAAUUUAAGAUAAUUUAAAUAACUGAGAAUUUUGAGAACUUGUGUUGAAUACAAUGAAGGCAAUGACUGUAUUUUUACAUUUAGGCCUAAAACCCCCUUGUUUUGUGCAAUUCUUUUAGAGUUGAUCGGUGCUAAUUGACCUUGAGUAUAUUUAGGUAUUGAUGCCAAUAAUUGUGUAUUAGUUUAGUAUUAUUGUGGUGUAAGGUGGUACAUUCCUCGUCAAGUGUUAACGGUUUUAACAAAUUAUACGUUUGUGGCCAUUAUACUUAUGUAUCUGUGUUAUACUUUAAUUUUAUACUCUGUGUAUUUUGUACUUAACUUAGUGAAUCCGGUCAAACAUAUUUAUAGCUACUGUUUAUUUGAAUUGUUAUGUUAUUUAUGACAAAGUAUAAUGAUUGUACUGAAAAAAUGUAUAUGUAAAUAUACUGUUGUAUGUUAAUAA